AUGUUGGAUUUGAUAUUUUUCCCCUUUGAUUUUGUUGCAUACUACUGUUGCAACAAGCAAAGCGGUCAAGAAAAUCAAAUCAUUUGGGGAGCGCGAAGAGCAGAACGUCUUUUGUACUUUUGCCCCCCGUGCUGCCGAGAAGAACGACGUCCAGGCGAGAUUUUGGAAGAAAUCGUUCAAUUUAGCCGCAACAGUAGUCGAUACGGAAGUGGCAGCCGUAUUUACCACGGAGAAUUCAGCGGCGGUCGAUAUGCAGCAAACCGAUCUACGCGGCACAUGCGACGGGACGAUCGGUACUUUCAAGCGCAGCAGCAGCGGAAUGCCGCAAGUACUCUUCAAUAUCAGCGUUUGGUGAAUGAGCAGGAAAGAACUCGACGGGAAGCGACUCGUCAACGGGAAGAACAAACCCUACAACAUCAAGAUCAGCAGAGGCUUCAACAACGACUCGAAGAGCUUGAAAUGGAAGAGCGACGGCAGCAGCAGCAGCAGCCAAGCACUUCUCAAGCUCAGUCUCAACAAAAACCACCGCGACCUGUUAGACCAAAGCAAUGUGCGCCUCCUCGUCGUUUCAGCUGGCUCCCCAAUCGCUCGAGAGACAAUGAUGAUGACGAAAGCGAUAAUCCUGGUAACUGGUCAACUGCCAGUUCUAAUAACAGAAGCGCAUCUCGUGGCAGCUCUUUGUUCCGCUUGUUUUCCUUUAGGAAAAAAAAAUCUUCGGGCGGUCCAAACGAUUCUCCAGAGGGGUCAAUUGUCCGUGAAACGACAACACUCUCAGAGCAAACUCCGCCGGAGCGACGACCGUCUAUUCCAGACGAAAGCCCACCAACGUAUGCAUCAAUUAAUUUCGAUGGACCUGCAACGCGAGAUCGUCACCACCGACAAGAAGAAUUUCAACUCUCAAUUACAACUGAUGAGUCCGAUGUCGAAGAAUACGAAUCGCCGAAAAUGACAGGUGCUCAAGCAGCCGCGGAAAUGGACAAGCAGUGGAAGCGAUCGACACUCUCAAUUUGUAGUGAAAAAAGCAGCUCUAGCAGCGAUAUUUCAGCAACUACAAUGAGCGAGUUGGAGCGUCUUAAUCCAAUCUCUUCCGAGAAAAAUAACGAAGAUGGUAAACAAGAAAAGGAAGAACCUGCUUCGCCUUCACAAGAAGACAACACCGAUCAAAAGAAGGAAGUAAAAGCAGAGGCGGAAGAAGGGGAUAAGCACGAAUCGACAUUUGAGGCUCCAGUCAAUACAUCUACUCCAAUCUCAGCUGUCCGUGUAAAUCCUCGAUUGAACCAUCUAAAACGCCGCGAGAUGCCAGUACCUCCGAGUCCACUUGCUUCAAACAGCUUCGAUGGUCGUCUGAAUACAAUCAUCGAAGAUUCUUCCGAUGAGGCAAGUGUAGAAAGCGAUGUUAAAGAUUCACCAACUUUGACCAAGCUGCUCGACGAGACCCGUGCAAGAUACAAGGCGAUGAAGGAAGACACGGUCAAGGGCGAGACAAAGCCGUAUGCCAGCCUUACUGCGGAUAGCCCUAUGACGCUUAAAUUCAAAAGUGCAGCUGCGGAUAAACUGUUGGGGGCGGCCAAUGAAAAAAACCCGGUUUUAAUGUCACAAGCUGCGUCAGUUUCCGUCAGUCACCAAAAAGACAACGUGGCGGACAAGGAAAAUAUGAAGCCGCUUCGCCAAGAUCUGAACUCGAACUACACUGAAAGCCUUAUGCAUGUGACCCCGAGCGAUGAUGAGUUUUUCAGCUUUGAUAGCAUCACCUCGCCCGCCGAAUUUUCUAAAAGUCUUAUGGCGCCUUCUCGAUUCACGCCGCGGGAUUUCAAGAUCGCUGACUGUUCGAAAUCUGCCCCGAAAAAAGAGGCAGCGGAGGAAGAGAGCGAUGAUAGCGAUGUGGACGUGGUCACCGACGCUCAAUCGAAAAUUAAAACAAGACUCCAUCGUUCAGAAAAGAACCAUUCAAGCGAUAUCUUCCUUGAGACAGGUCAUUCAAUCACCACCAAAACACCACGACCAGAUAUCCCUGCAGACAAUUCAACCGCCGUCGACACCUCCUUUCAGCGAAGAAUCCGACGACGGAAAGAACAUUCCACUUUCUCCCGUUCCGGUCAUUCAGAUGAAACUCUCGUCCAGUCCAUUACAGAGUUGUCUCGACAGCGAAACGCUCAACAACAGUUCCGAAACAAUCAACAGUCGCCACAGCAACGACCAUCAAACAGAGUUGCUAGUAGAACCGAAAUUACCGAGCGAUCGCCUGCAGGAGGAGGAGGACAGAGAGGAGUCUCGCUGCCAUCAAUCGCCAAUAUGUUGCCCGCUAUUAACAAAAAUCCGAAGUUUUCCACUAUCGUAUCAAGUCGUUCUUCUCAUAGUGAGCACAACGAUUUUUCUUUGCUUCGCCAUGCUUCUGAUGGGUUACGCUCUGGGAAAAUUAAUAAUUCCACAGUCGAUUCCGGAGCCUCCACCUCAACUACCAGACAGAGCUCCCGACGGCUCGAUACUUAUCCCCAGCAAGUAUACGGAAGUGCUGAUAAAUCUUUUGAAUACACUUCAAAGCGACUACGAAUUUGCGUUUCCGAGAAAAUAAACAUGGAAAGUGAUCGUUAUGAUCGUGAAAUGCGCAAUGCUAUUUAUGGCGAAGUUUUAAAUGGUCAAGGAUUCUUUACUCGAAAUGCAAUGGAUUUUUCUACAGUUGCUGACUCUUUAACCUCUCCACAAACAAUAUUACAGAAUCCAUGGCGAAGAGAGUUGUUCCUUAAGACCACCGCUUCCGACUGGCAAAUAAUCAAGAAUCGAGUAUUUGUAGAUCCUGUUGCAAUGGGUUUCGUUCUUCAAUACGAAGACUCAUCGGUUGAAAGUGUGCUCAAGAAACAAACGUCUUUAAAUGGGAAUAACGCUCUUGAAUCUCGCCUAGUCCCAACACUGAGCAAUGAUAAUUGUUAUCUUUCGACAAAAAAAUCAAAUUUGACAACUGCUGACGAAGUAAACGACACUGACGAUUAUUGUCUUCAAUCGGAAUAUCCUGAUAAAUUUGACACCUACUUGAUAUCCAUAGACUCACUGCUUGGAAAUAUUAAGUGGGAAACUGCAUCAGGGGCGUUAUCAUAUCUGGAAUUCUACUAUGCGCUUCUGGACCCGACGUAUCGAACUUUUAUCGAAAAUGGCGAAGUAUGUUCAACCUUGGUGUCAAACACAUUGACAAAUAUCAAUCCAUCGCUGCCGACGAGUUUCUACAAUUUGUCAAAGACACCUCCAAGAACCGUUCCAAAGCAGUCUCAUCCGCGCAACGAUUUGGGCUACGAUUUUCAUCAUGGAAUGACCAUUACUCGUGAAUUGGUUUCGCUUAUUGCUUCAUUUUCAACGCAGAGUUACUGUAUUGCUAAAAAGCACUUAGCUGAUGCGGCUUUUGAUGCUUUUAAAUCAGCAAAAUUUGAAAAGGACAUACUAAACUUUCAAAACGAAAACAAUGCUGACGAUAUUGAUGAUGUUAGCAAAGGAAGCACGAACACCACUGCUGGGGAUGAUGAAAAAUCGUCAAAAACGCAGAUGCGUAAAAGUGCGCGUCUUGAUGAAAAGCGUCGCGAUAAUCAAGUUAAAGAAAUGAAACGACUGGCUUUUGAAGCUUAUUUCGACAUGUGCAACGAUUCAAAAAGAUCCACUGUUGAUGAAGGGGAAAUAGAAGAGCCAACUGUUCCCAUCAACGAGAAAAACUACGAUUACGAUUCAAGCCCUUUCUUUUUAACGUCAAAGUAUUUUGAAGAAACCGAUCUUUUCAAGUAUCUUUCGCUGUUGGGCAAAACCGCAUCCUGUGUCUUUUCGUUUUAUAAACCGUGUCCAUUGUUGCGUCCCGAUGAUGCAGACAGCCAAGAGCUUAUGAAAAACUUCCGCAUGCGUUACUAA